CCACUUCCUGUCCUUCUGCCCCACUGCAGGAGCUCUUUCUUUGUUUUUCAGGUUGCAGCAUAAAUGGCUGGGAGGGAAUCUGGUAGCAGUAAAAACAUACCCUCGAUGCCUUCUCUGCCAUCUCCUCUGUGUGGUGAAGGGAAGAGAGCUGCCAUGCCGCCCAUUCAGGGUGGGGUGUCCUUCGAAGAGGUGGCUGUGUAUUUCACCAAAGGGGAGUGGAGCCUGCUGAGCCUAACCCAGAGAGCCCUGUACAAGGAAGUCAUGCUGGAGAAUUUUGGCAUCGUGGCCUCUCUGGAAGGUCCUGUGAGUGCCAAGCCUGACCUCAUAUCCUGGCUGGAGAAGGAGGAAGAGCUGUUUGUCCGUAGCUGCGAGGAAGAGGAGGGAUUGGCAGGAGGUGCAUGGGAGUCAGACAUUAUGUUGAGUGUAAACACCCAUAAUGGAAAGGAAACAUGUAAAAGCCUGGAGUGUGGAGAAAGGUUUGGGAAGAAAAGUACCCUAAUUUCCCAUCAAAGAAUACGCCCAGGUGCAAGACCAUAUAAAUGCUUGGAAUGUGGAAAAAGCUACAGGCACAGUGGAAGCCUUACGUACCACCAAAGAAUUCACAAAGGUGAGAAACCACAUAAAUGCCUGGAGUGUGGAAAGUGCUUUAGUCAGAGUGGACACCUUACUGCCCAUCAAAGAAGCCAUUCAAGGGAGAAACUGUAUAAAUGCAUGGAGUGUGGAAAAAGCUUGAGUCGGAGUGAUACUCUGGCUUCCCAUCAAAAAAUUCAUACAGGAGGGAAAAAAUAUAACUGUCUGGAGUGUGGAAAAAUCUUUAGUCAUAGUCGAAGCCUUACUGCCCACCGAAGAAUUCACACAGGGGAGAAACCAUAUAAAUGCAUGGAAUGUGGAAAGUGCUUCAAUCAGAGUGGACAUCUUACUUACCAUCAAAGAAUUCACACAGGGGAGAAACCAUAUAAAUGCCUGGAGUGUGGAAAGAGCUUGAGCCGGCGUGACAGCCUUAUUUCUCAUCAAAGAAUUCACACAGGGAAGAAACCAUAUACAUGCCUGGAAUGUGGGAAAAGUUUCAUUCAAAGUGCACACCUUACUUCCCACUACAGAAUUCAUACAGGGGAGAAAAAAUAUAAACCAUAUAAAUGCCUGGACUGUGGGAAAAUCUUCAGUCAGAGAGGAAAUCUGACUGUCCAUCAAAGAAUCCACACAGGGGAGAAACCAUAUAAAUGCCCGGAGUGUGGGAAAAGCUUCACUCGGAGUGGACACCUUAAAAUUCAUCAAAGAAUUCACACAGGGGAGAAACCAUAUAAAUGCCAGGAGUGUGGAAAAAGCUUCACUCGGAGUGGACACCUUAAAAUUCAUCAAAGAAUUCAUACAGGGGAGAAACCGUAUAAAUGCCAGGAGUGUGGAAAAACUUUCAACAGCAGUUCAUAUCUAUCUUCCCACCAAAAAACUCACACAGGGGAGAAACGAUAUAAAUGCCUGGAGUGUUGGAAAAGCUUUCAUAUCAGUGAACACCUUUCUUCCCACCAAAGAAUUCACACAGGGGAGAAACCAUAUAAAUGCCAGGAGUGUGGAAAAAGCUUCAAUCAGAGUGGCAAACUUACUGUCCAUCAAAGAAUCCACACAGGUGAGAAACCAUAUAAAUGCUUGGAGUGUGGGAAAAGCUUUCAUAGCAGUGGACACCUUUCUUCCCACAAAAGAACACACACAGGGGAGAAACCAUAUAAAUGCCAAGAGUGUGGGAAAAGUUUCACUCAGAGAGGACACCUUAAAAUUCAUCAAAGAAUUCACACAGGGGAGAAACCAUAUAAAUGCCAGGAGUGUGGAAAAUGCUUCAGUAGCAGUUCAAGUCUUUCUAUCCACCAAGGAACUCACACAGGGAAGAAACCAUAUAAAUGCCAGGAGUGUGGAAAAAGCUUCAUUCAGAGUUGCACACUUACUAUCCAUCAAAGAAUCCACACAGGGGAGAAACCAUAUAAAUGCCAGGAAUGUGGGAAAAGUUUCAGUCAGAAUCCACACCUUACUUCCCACCAAAGUAUUCACACAGUGAAGAAAAAGAUAUAAAUGCCUUGACUGUAGGAAAGGCUUUGGAAGUAAAAAUAUCCUAGGUUCUCAUAAAAGAAUUCAUACAAAGGAAAAACCAUAUAAAUGCCGGGACCAUGGAAAAAUGUUUCAUCAGAGUGGAAGUCUUUCUUCCCUCCGAAGAAUUCAUGCAGGGAAGAAACACUAUAAAUGCCUGAAGAGUGGGAAAAGUUUCAGUUGAAGUGCAAACCUUUCUUCCCACCGAAGAACUCACACAGGGGAGAAACCAUAUAAAUGCCAGGAGUAUGGAAAACAAUUCAGUCAGAGUACACAACUUAUUAGCCAUUAAAGAAUCCACACAAGGGUGAAACAAUAUAAAUGCCUUGAAUGUGGGAAAAGUUUCAAAAUCCACACCUUACUUCCCACCAAAGUAUUCACACAGUGAAGAAAAAGAUAUAAAUGCCUGGACUGUGGAAAAGGCCUUGGAAAUAAAAGAUAUCCUAGGUUCUCAUCAAAGAAUUCAUACAGAGAAAAAACCAUAUAAAUGUCGGGACUGUGGAAAAAUGUUUCGUAAAAGCAGAAGCCUUUCUUCCCACCGAAGAAUUCACACAGGGGAGAAACCAUAUAAAUGCCUGAAGUAUGGGGAAAGUUUCAGUCAGAGUACAAAUCUUUCUUCUCACCAAAGAACUCAUACAGAGGAGAAACCAUAUAAAUGCCAGGAGUGUGGAAAAAGCUUCAGGCAAACUAGAAGCCUUUGUGACCCCCAAAAAAUUAACAUAGGGAAGAAACGAUAGAACCGCCUGGAGUGUGGAAAGAUGUGUUGGUUUUAUGUGUGAUCUGAACUGACACAUAUCUUCAGCCAAUCACCAACCCUGCUCUAUUGAUCACAUCUUGGGGAUUGUUGAGGGGCAGCAGAAUCUUUUUACCUUUGUAAUCUUUGUACCUUUUGACAUGUCUAGGUAAGGUUAACCAAGUUCAUUGCCUACAAACAAGAUCCAACAGGCAGAGGCAGCAUGGACUGAAAUGAAGUACAAUGAGGGCCUGCAAGGGGCUCGGUUUAACUUUUGGUAUUUUAUUCCAUAAUCUCAUUCAUGCUGUACAUUGAACACACCCCUGGAUCACGUAUUUUGUGUAGGAAACCCACCCUGGCUCCCUGUCUUACUACUAUAUUUUCCAAACUGCAGUUUUCCUCCCAUUAUCUACUGUGUUUGGCUUGUACCGUUUUACACCAAGGUCUGCCCUUUUUUAGCAUUGCUGGGAUGAAUCUGCCGAAGUCCUCUGCUUGAGUUUAUAUAUGACACAUCAUUGAUAUGGAUCCAAAGGUCCGUUUUGAAUCCUGGCGCACCCCUGCGAUUUCUCAGGCUUAUAGGAGCAGAAACAUUAACUGUGUGAGAGUUCCAGGGACAUUGUGCUCUCAGACAUUUUUUUAAAACUUUAUUUUUUAUUUUUAUUGUGGAAAGGUUAAAAGAUAGAACAAAAGAAAGUAAACAAAAACACAACUACAGAGAGCCAUCAUAUCAAUCUACAAAGUAAAAACAAUAAAAAGCAUAAGUAUAUUAUUAAUCCAUUACAAUUUUUUACCUAUAACCCUCCUUUAUUAUCAGUCAGCUUGUGGUCUAAUUAAUAUCUUCUUUCUGUCUCAUCUUCUUGAUAUCUCAUAUCCUUAUUCUUAAAAAUCAAACCCACAAAUCGUUAAUUCAUUUUUCUUUGUCUCUCGCAGAUAGUCAAUAAAAGGUCACUUUCAAACAUUUUGAUCUCGGUGUAUUUGAUAAGCCUCCCCCUUUUCUAC